AUGUGCAAAUCUGCUUCAUCAUGCAUUCCUUUCCUUCUUAUCUUUCUAUCUUUACAUAUAUCUUGUUCAUUUUCUCAAUUGUCGUCGUUGUUCAAUGAUGAAAAGUUGGAGACCUACAUUGUUCAUGUCUCUACAUCAGAAGAACCUUCUGUCUUUACCUCUCACAAAGAUUGGUAUAGAUCUAUUCUUCAAUCUGUCCCCUCAUCUCAUGAUCCUCAAGAAAUCCUCUAUACUUAUACUCACGCAGCGAAUGGUUUUGCAGCUCGACUUACACCAUCUCAAGCUUCUCAUCUCAGUAGUCUCCCUGGGAUCAUUUCAAUCCUUCCUGAACAGAUUCACCAGCUCCAAACUACCCGUACAUCUGAAUUUCUCAAUUUGAGAGAGAAUUUGGGUCUUUCGGCCGCGUCAAUUCGCGGUGACAAUGUCAUUAUUGGUGUUAUUGAUAGCGGAAUCUGUCCAGGACAUCCUAGUUUCAAUGACUCCAUUAAUGUACCAGAAAGGUGGAAAGGUACUUGCGAGUCCGGACCCGAUUUCCCCGAGUCCGGUUGCAACAGAAAGCUAAUCGGUGCUCGGGCUUUCUGGAAAGGACACCAAGCCAAAAUUCAAGGUAUAGGUGCAAGUAAUGAGUUAAAAUCACCUCGUGAUACAACGGGACAUGGUACACAUUGUGCAUCAAUUGCAGCCGGAUCUUAUGUUAAUGAUGCAGGAUUCUACAAAUACGCGGUUGGACAAGCCAAGGGAGUAGCGACUAGAGAAAGAAUUGUUGUUUACAAGGUAUGCUGGAGUACUGGUUGCCCUGAAUCAGAUAUUCUCGCUGCUAUGGAUCAAGCUGUGGCAGAUGGAGUAGAUAUAAUUUCUUUAUCAGUAUGUACUCGUGGAUCCGCUAAGGAAUAUCAUCAAGAUUUGAUUGCAAUUGCAGCAUUUGGUGCUAUGGAGAAAGGAAUACUUGUUUCUUGCGCUACCGGAAAUGCAGGACCCGGUCCAUCCACUGCAGUUAAUAUUGCGCCAUGUAUACUAACUGUUGGUGCUUCGACCAUCGAUAGACAGUUUCCUGGGGAUGUGCAUUUGUUGGGUGACAGUAGAGUUUUUAGUGGUGUUUCAUUGUACACCGAGAAGUCACUUGCACAAUUUCCGCAAUUGGUUUUCGCUGGUAACAGUGUCACCGGAAAGAUUGUUGUUUGCAACAGUGGCGAUAAAAUUGGAAAAGCUGAGAAAGGACGCGAAGUACAAAGAGCUGGUGGUGUUGGAAUGAUUGUUAUCGACUCGGAAGCAAGAGGAGAUGGAUCGAUAGCUGCUCCUUAUCUACUUCCUGCUACGACAGUGUCUUACAAGGCCGGUCUUCAGAUUCUAAAGUACAUUAAAUCAGCUAAAAUUCCGAGAGAUAAUAUCCAUUUUGCAGGAACAACGUUCAGGUCUUCACCAAGUGCACCUCAAAUAGCUUCCUUUUCUAGCCGUGGUCCAAACUACAUAACACCGUAG